CGCACGAGUGACUGCGGGCGGCCAUCUAAAGAGAUUUGGGUUGGAGAGGUCAAGAAUGUUCAUGUUGAAGUAGACGAAAAGGAACACAAUGAGGAGGCUCCUCGUCCUGCAGCAGUUGAGGUUACAGAAUGGCACAAGGCCGGAGUCGAAUUGCCAUCCGCAAGGCAUUCAUUUGGUUGCUGUGUAACGCAGAGAGGAGUCUACAUUUUUGGCGGUCUCGAUGAACAAGAAAAUUUUCAGAACGAUGUCGUCUUUGUGCCCAAUCAGGCGCUCUUUACCCCAGAAGCUGCGACUUCCUGCUCUUCUGGUGCAAAUCCUAGUGCAUCCGCAUCACAAGCUGGUGUACAGACGCUCACGAGUUCGCUAAUGAGUAAACGCUGUCUUUCUCCAGAGUUGGGCGAACACAAAAACCUAGAGAGACCUCCUACAUCAAAUGCUGGCCUCUACAGCGCGCCUGCGAUUGCAUGCGCAUUGCACGGUCGAGAGGGCGCUCUGCUCGUCGGCGAUCCGAUGGUAUGCGACGCGGUGGACUCAGCAAUGCGAUUCCCCAUUUACUUUUUCGAUUUCGAUCGAAAAGAAAUCACGUUCGUGUUCGAUACGAAGAUCGCACCACUGGGUGGUGCCGAGGAGCACGCUGGCGAACUGCAAAAAAUACUUCAAAAGUCAAAGAGCUCAAACGAGACCGCUUCAAUCGAGACAACCCCAAGCAAUCGAGACUUCAACUUUCUGUUCUCUAACUACAGUGCUGCACUUCAUAUGUGUGCUGAAACAGGGCUGGUUGUUUUGCACAUUAUCGGAGGAGGGGGAAAUCUCUUCAGCUUCGGCACCCAUUUAAAUCGUUACCGCCUCGAAGUUGACCUCACUGAUUCCGGAGUAACUAUGAUCUAACAACUUGAACUUCUUUAAUAACACUCACAAGUUCUAUAACCAGAACCACCCUUCAAAAAUUCAUCAGCCAUCAUGCUUAACCAUGUUCAAACAUGAUAAUGACCUUCCCC